AGCUUGGACAAAAGCGAGGGAGAGGGCGGGAGAGUAGGAAGCGCCGAGCAAUGCGCAUUUUGUUACUACCACGCACUCUAAACUCUAAAUCACAUUCUCACUUGAGAGUUGAUUCAUUCAUUAAAGAGGAAGCACCUUCCCUUUGCAUCUGCGAUCAACUCCCAUGUGACACACCACCACUUAAUCAACAACUUGCUAUUCUAUAUAUCUACUUCCUCUACUUAUAUUAGCGUACCUCUUCUUACUUGACUUUUUAACCUCCUUCUUCUUCUUCUUUCAGUAGUACUUUUACUCUCAUUGUACGUAGCUACAGUUUUGUGUGUUGAAGAUUGUCAAGAUGAUGAAACGAGGUUUAUUACUCUUGAUUGCACUUAUGUCCAUUUUUGCUGCCACCACCGUGGCUAAGAAAUUGCGCCAACCCUACGAGCUCACCGGCAAAGUUUAUUGUGAUACUUGCCGCUUUGGCUUUGAGACUAAUGUUACUUUCUACAUUUCUGGCGCAACUGUGCAAUUGCAAUGCAACGACAAAUCUGAUUCAAAGUUAGUUUUCACCAACACAACCGCCACAGACAAGAAUGGUAGGUUCACCUUUCAAGUGUGUGAGGACCAUGGUGAUCAAUAUUGUGAUGUAGUAUUGCUCAAGAGUCCAUUGCCACACUGCAAGAUCAUCGAUCGUGUUCGAAGCCAUUCUCGAGUUAUUGUCACUGACCUCAACGGCAUCAUCUCUCGUCGUCGCCAUGCUAACAACUUGGGCGUCUUCCAGGAUUAUGCUUUGCCUGUUUGUGGCGACCUUUACAAAUACUACUUCCACUCUGACGACAUAUAACUAUAAGAGUGGCCAUACCUUAGCUUGCUUGUUACUAGAAUGAAGUUGUUUUACUUAAUUUUCAACUGAAUUAAAAAAAAUUUAUUCAUGCUUAUAUGAAGAAGAAAAAAAAAUACUAUGAGAAAUUGUAGUUCAUGUAAACGGAUACAGAAAAAAAAGGAGAUAAGCCAAUUUUCUCAUUGGUUUCUUCUAUCUAGGCUUCAUCGUUAUUGUACUCAAUUAGUUGUUCAUUAGUCUAGUGCUAUUGUGCUAGUGAUUGCAGAAUCAUAUGUGCUUAUAAAUUACACUUAUCUGUCUGCCUA